AGUCCGCAGUUGUCGGAUCUAAAUUUGUACUGGAAAAAGCGAUCGAUCCCGACGUUGGUUCAAAUAGUCUCCAGAGUUAUUCUCUCAGUCCCACAAAUAAUUUUGUUUUGAAACAAGAAAAUCAGGCGGAUGGAACUAAAAAGGUCGAGAUGGUUUUACAGAAGCCUCUCGAUCGAGAGCAACAGGAGCAAAUUUCACUGUUAUUAACGGCGAAAGACGGAGGACAGCUGCCCAUGUCAGGGAAGAUACAGAUCAUCAUCACCAUAUUAGAUGCGAACGACAAUGCUCCAGUUUUUACCAAAUCAGUUUAUAAGGCGUCGAUAACAGAAAAUUCACAGAGAGGGACAAGUGUUGUGACCGUUAGUGCGUCUGACAGAGACGGAGGCUCCAACGGAGAAAUAUCAUACAUGAUCACCAACAGCCAUCGAAGAUUAUCCGAUUUAUUUCAGAUUGAUAGAAAAAGUGGAGAUGUUACCUUGAUUGGUGAAAUAGAUUAUGAAAAAGCUCAAUUAUAUCAAAUAGAUAUUGGAGCUGUUGACAAUGGUGGACAGUCUGAUUCCAGUAAGAUUGUGAUAGAUGUUAUAGACAUCAAUGAUAACAAUCCGCAAAUUAAUUUACUUUCUAAAUCAGAAAGCAUUUUCGAAGAUGCACCUGAGAACACCGUAAUAUCCAUGAUGAGUGUCAGUGAUCCAGAUUCUGGGAGAAAUGGUGACGUGAAAUGUAGAAUUAAAGGUGACGUCCCUUUUAAAAUACAAAAUACACUGAAUGGGUUUUAUAGUUUGAUAACAGAAGCAGCUUUGGACAGAGAGGUCGAGUCUCAUUAUAACAUCACAGUGACCUGCUCUGAUGAGGGAGUGCCCUCCCUCUCCAGCAGUGUCACUCUGACCUUACAGAUCUCAGAUGUGAAUGAUAACGCGCCUGUCUUUGAGAAGAGCUCAUAUGAGGCCUACAUUGUAGAAAACAACACACCAGGCCUCUCUAUAUUCACAGUGAAAGCCACAGACGCUGACUGGAACCAGAACGCGCAUGUUUCUUACAUACUGGAGGACUCCUCUGUUAACGGAGUGUCCGUCUCCUCAUAUGUGUCAGUUAGUGCUGAUAAUGGAGUCAUCCACGCAGUGCGCUCUUUGGACUACGAGCAGAUCAAGGACUUCCAGUUCCGCGUCAAAGCGCAGGAUGGAGGCUCCCCUCCACUCAGCAGUAACGUGACUGUGAAAAUAGUGAUCCAGGACCAGAACGACAACACCCCUCAGGUUCUGUACCCGGUCCAGACUGGAGGCUCUGUGGUGGCUGAGAUGGUUCCUCGUUCAGCAGAUGUGGGCUAUCUGGUGACUAAAGUAGUGGCUGUUGAUGUGGACUCUGGACAGAAUUCCUGGCUCUCCUAUAAACUGCAGAAAGCCACAGACAGGGCGCUGUUUGAAGUGGGUUUACAGAAUGGAGAAAUAAGAACUAUCCGCCAAGUCACUGAUAAAGAUGCUGUCAAACAAAGACUGACUGUGUUCGUGGAAGACAACGGGCAGCCCUCUCGUUCAGCUAAAGUCAUUGUUAACGUGGCGGUGGCGGACAGCUACCCUGAAGUGCUGUCGGAGUUCACUGACUUUACGCACGACAAGGAGUACAAUGACAACCUGACUUUUUACAUAGUGCUGGCUUUGGCUGUAGUUUCCUUUCUCUUCAUCACGUGUUUAGUGGUUAUUAUAUCAGUGAAAAUCUACAGAUGGAGACAGUCUCGCAUCCUGUAUCACUCCAGUCUCCCGGUGAUUCCAUAUUAUCCACCACGUUACUCAGACACUUUGGGGACAGGGACUCUGCCACACGUGUACAACUACGAGGUGUGCAGGACGAAUGACUCCAGAAAGAGUGACUGUAAGUUCGGCACAGCUGGUAGUCAGAACGUGCUGAUAAUGGACCCCAGUUCUACAGGAACCAUGCAGUGGAUACAGAGUGAAAAGAACAUCCUGGAAGAACCAGAUUCUCCUCUAGAAGUUGGUCAUUUUCAUAUUUUUCGCACUUAA